AUGACCGGGCCGCCGUCCUCUUCCUACCCUGGCCAGGUCCCGCCGCCAGCUGUCGAGAUUUCGCCAGAAAAUCGAAGAGAAAAGCUCGGUUUCGCCCGAAACUUCGCCGGCUUCGUUCUCCGUCGUCCGGCCACCGAUUCCGGCAAGUGA